AUGAACAUUGCUCAGAUCCAAUCGAAUGUGCCAAGGCUUCAGGCACGACAGGGUUAUGCCGGUACAGCACCUGAGAAAGGGAUUGCGACUGGCGGCCCGAUGCUGCCGAAGACAUCAUCAGAUUUUGUCCAUGGUCUCUCGACGUUGUGUAUGGCCGUCAAAAUGCGCUGUCCAACAUCACAGCCGAAAAUGAAGAGCACGUGUAGGAUGGGUUAUAAGAGGUCGAGAGGUCGCCGAUGCAAAACACAUUUGUGCUUUGCCAGCGACUAA